CUUCAUUUAUUAUAGUUAAUUUUAACUUGUUUUUAUUUUUAAUUAAAUUUAAUGUAUGAAUUAUUUUAACUUAUCUUUUGCUACGCAAUUAAACGAUUACGUAUUUUUUUUUGUUUUUCAUUUAUAUUUUGUUCAUUAUUUCUUGUUUUUAUUAGACCAGCAGUUUUUAUAAAAUUACUAGAUACGCAUACUACCUUUUUUUGUUAAACGUGACUAUUAUUCAAGAUGAGAAUUAUUAGUUGCAUCAUGAACCGAAAUUUAGAAAAGAUGGUUGAUUUUUACUCACACUUCAAUCCAUCAUCAUUGUCAAUAAAACAAUUCAUUGAUUUUGGUCUUAAGGCAAACGAACAAAAAUCAUUUCAAUUUUUAAAAAAAGAACUACCAGUUCGAUUAGCUAAUAUCAUGAAAGAAAUUCAUUUACUUCCUGAUAAUUUACUUAAAAUGCCAUCAGUUGGCCUAGUAAAUAAUUGGUAUGCCCAAUCAUUUAAAGAAGUAAUUGAAUUUGAAAUAGAUGAUGGUUUCAAUGAUGAAACUCUAUUGAAAUUUACUCAAACAUUGGUAAAAAUUCGUAAUAGACAUUCUGAUGUUGUUCAGACAAUGGCACAAGGUGUUCUAGAACUCAAAGAUUCAUUUAAAAUAGAUGCUCAUACUGAAAAUAGUAUUCAAUAUUUUCUAGAUCGUUUUUAUAUGUCUCGAAUUGGUAUUCGCAUGCUAAUUAACCAACAUACUCUCUUAUUUGGUGAGCAUAUAAAUAACAACCAUCAUCAACAUAUUGGAUGUAUUGAUCCUAAUUGUAAUGUUAUAAGUGUUGUAAAAGAUGCUUAUGAAAAUGCUAGAUUUUUAUGUGAUCAAUACUACUUAACUUCUCCUGAACUACAAAUAAAAAAACCUUUAAGUGAAGAAAAUGAUGAUUCUAUAAAUAUAGUAUACGUUCCAUCUCAUUUAUAUCAUAUGCUGUUCGAAAUAUUUAAAAACUCAAUGAGAGCUAUCGUUGAACAUCAUAAAACAGAUAUUUUACCUCCAUUAGUGGUAACAAUUGUUAAAGGAAAAGAGGAUAUUUGUGUUAAAGUAUCAGAUCAAGGUGGUGGUAUUCCAAGAAGUUUAAGUGACCAAUUGUUUCACUACAUGUACUCCACAGCUCCACAGCCAUCAAAAUCAGAUGCCCACACAGUGCCAUUAGCAGGGUAUGGAUAUGGACUACCUAUAUCAAGACUUUAUGCACGGUAUUUACAUGGUGAUUUAGUGUUAGUAUCAUGUGAUGGAUAUGGAACAGAUGCUGUCAUAUAUAUGAAGGCAUUAACAAAUGAAGCUAAUGAAUUGUUGCCAAUAUUUAAUAAAACAUCUACAAAAUUUUAUAGCACUUCUAUACAAACUAGUAACUGGAGUGGAAGUAAUUCCUCUCCCAACCAUAAGCAAUUUAUGGCAUGAUUCAUCUUAAUUCUUAAAAUGUUCUAAAUUCCAUGGUGAAAGUAUUUUAUUACUUUAUUUUUGUUGUUUAACUAAUGUUAUAGAAAAUUAUUGUAUUUAAAUUGUAGAGAUAAAUCAAUAUUUCUAAUGUGGUUCCUUGACUAUUUUGGCAAAAUUAAUAUAUUGUUUUACUAAUAUUAUAGUAGUUUCUUAUAUAUCAUGAUUAUUGAAUUAUUAUUAUAUAGUUUAUUUUAACAAAUUGGAGUUAUGGUUCUAAAAAAUAUUGAUUCUGAUGGCAUAACAUUUACAACUAUUGAAUCAGAUUUAUUUUUUGAUAAAUUAUACUUUAUAUUAAAAUUUAGGAAACUUAUAUAUUUUUAGUAAAUAAUUUGUGUUAAGUUAAUAUUAUAAUAAAUUUAGAUAUUAUCUAUUUCAUUGUUAUUAAUCAAUUAAAGAAUCCAUUUUUGUGUAUGUAUUUUUUAAUUGUUAAUAAUUUUUAGUAUGGAUAUAUUUAGUUUAUUUUAUAGUUUCUCUAAUACACUUCAGGCGACUUAAAAUAGUUAUCUAUUUAUUAAGGCUAUUUUUUUCUUUUUUGAUAAAUUUGUCAUAUUUUUAAAUGAAACAAGGUAUUUUAAAUUGAUUUUAUUUUAAUAUAUAAAAGAUAUUUUGUAAAAAAAAAUUAUUUUUUAUAUAAUUGAGACUUUAUUAUCCUACAAUUUAAAUUAAUACAAAACAUGUAUAGUUAUUUCAGACAGUAUAUUUUAUUUAUCUGGAUAUAAAAAGUAUAUAGUAUACUAAGGAGUAUUUUUUUAAGUAAAUUAAAAAACUCUUCUUAAAUACCUUUAAUAAAUGAAACUAUAUUUUAAUCAUUAUUCACUUGUUUUUUUUUUUUAAUUAAUCAAAUGUUAUUUAUUCAAUUGUUGUAGUUAAUAACACUUUACUUUAUUGUUAAAGUAACUUAAUAUGAGAGCUCACAGGCUUAAAAUUUAUGAAGUUAAUCUAUUUUAAAAUUGUUACCAAUUUUGAUUAGACUAGUCAUGAUACUUUUAUUUAGCUACCUUUUAAAUUAUAAAAGUAAAAAAAAAUUGUAAUUUAUAUGUAUAGAAUAAGAACUGUUUGUAAAUUUUAAAGGAUUUUGUAUUUAAGAUAAAAAUUUUUAUUGGGCUAAAAGUGAUAUUGGAUUAUUUAUUAAUUAACAAUACAAUGAAGAAUAAAUUAUACAUUUAGACUUUGUUUUUAUUUUUAUUAAGUAAAAUUUAACAAUUCUAUAUAAGUUUGAAGAUUACAGACAUUUUUUUAAAUAACUAUUAUUAUGUACUUAACAUAAAUUUCUUGGACAAGUUAGUUUUAUGAAAUUAAAAAAUGAUAGCACAGUGGAGUCACAGUACAGUAUGGACGUGGCAUAGUUGGAACAAGUAUAGAUGACAUCUGAUAGUGAUUUUAAUCACUAUCAUAAGAAACACUUUGAAGAAAAUAUGUUCAUAGUGAUUAAUUUUAAAAAAACUGGUCGAUUACUCCAAAAGCAAAAUUAACUCAUAUUAUUUGUUCUACUUCGACUACCAUUUGCACAUAGAAAAUAGUAGAAAAUGGCCGCCAUAAUUUUGUUUAUAUGUGAAAUGUAUCUACUGAAUCUACUGCUAGAGUUGGCAGACUGAAGAGAACUUCAGUUAUCAGUUUUCUUGAAACUAUGUGCGGAGAAACGUUGAUGUUCAACUAGUGACUGCAUGCUCAAUAGUUAAAAUUAUGAAUGUUAGAUAAAAAAAAAAAAUAGAAAACACUUGGAAAUACAGUAUCAGUCAAAAUGG